AUGGCUAUCGUCAACAGAAUUGUCACCAGAGCCGCCCGUCCAGCCUUGUUGGCUGCUCGUUCUCCAAUCGGUGUUCGUUUCUUGUCUACCCCAGUGGAGCCAAAGGAGAAGGCCAACUCCAUCAUUGAUGCCUUGCCAGGUAACAACCUCAUCUCCAAGACCGGAAUCUUGGCUUCCUCCGCUGCUGCCGCCAUUUACGGUAUCUCCAAUGAGUUGAUUGUCCUCCACGACGAAACCAUCUUGGUCAUCACCUUCGCUACUUUCACUGCUUUGUGCGCCAAGUUUGUCGCUCCUUUGUACACUGAGUGGGCUGAUGGUGAGGUCAAGAAGGUCAACGACCUCUUGAACGAGUCCAGAUCCAAGCACGUGUCUGCCGUCAAGGAGAGAAUCGACUCUGUUUCUCAGUUGAAGGACGUUGUCUCCACUACUAAGCAGUUGUUCGAUGUCUCCAGAGAGACUGCCAAGUUGGAGGCCGAGUCUUUCGCUUUGAAGCAGCAAAUUGCUGUUGCACACCUGGCCAAGGCCACCUUGGACUCUUGGGUCAGAUUUGAGCAGCAACAGAGAGCUCAGGAGCAGGAGCAGUUGAUCAAGUCUGUUUUGGACAAGGUUAACAAGGAGAUUGGUAACGCCAAGUUCCAGGACAAGAUUUUGGCCGAGUCUGUUGCUGAGGUUGAGAAGAUCUUCUCUAAGGCCUAG